UAACGCUUCCUCUGAAAGGUCCUGCAGUUAAUUUCUUUAGAGAUAUCUCUAUUUGUUUUAAAUUUAGUGAGAAACAUAGUUAUUAUGGAUUGAAUAUGUUAUUUUCUAACCUUAAAUACCAGAAGGAGGAUAUAUUUAACUGUUUUUCCAAAACGAAAAAAAGGUAAUGGGUUUUGAGGCAAAACGCUGCGGAGUGCAGUUUAGCCCUCCUUCCAUAGUUCUGAUUUAUGUCCACACUGACACCAAAAAGAUGCGGAAAAGAAUUAUACCUGUACGAAAUUUCUCGAAAUAUUCCGACUAUAGCGUGGCUGCUGAAAGACUGAAAAACCACCCAAGGCACAGGGACUAUCUGGAUCAAGUACCUCAAAGCCAGUUGGAGAAACUCCACAUCAUCCUGCGAGAUCACAUGCAGGGUUUAAGUCUGGAGGACAGCCUUGCUUCGUUCCGCCUGGACCCAGAGGAAGAUUUGAACAAACUGGAUGAUGAGGAGCUAGCUCGCAAAAAGGGCCAAAUGGACACACUGUUCGAGAGGAACUGCAAGCGGACAGAUGACCCGGACUUUGUUUAUGAUCUGGAGGUGGAGUUUGACAAACCCAACCAAGAAAAGUGCAGCUGGGAUGAGGAAUCAGAUGAUGAAUUUUAAAACUGACUACACCAUUUAUUAAGAAUGUAGUUCAUGAAUCCACAUAGAAAAAAACAAUAUAUGACACAGCAGAGGUUCACAACCAAAGCUCUAUUGUGGUAACAUCAGGCAGAAUAAACACAGGGCAACCCAAGGUUUGAAUGAGACCUUAACUGGAACUUCCAGUUAUGUCCACUGCAAUUAAUAUAGACUUAGAAGAGUCAGGGAGGAAGGCCAGAAUUUAUUGUUUUGUGAAGGUUUUCCUUAGUAUACAUCUGUUGCAUUUUGAAACCUUAUUCGGCAUUAAUGCAGGUGCUUUUGGGGGUCUUCAGAGGGCCCAAGAAGACACAAACUGUUUAUACCUCUGGCCAGUUCUGUCUGGACAUAACCUGACAUAUUCUGGCAGACGUUUCAUCAUAGGAUGAGACACCACCAAAAAAACGGACAAACGUUAGACGUUCCAUGUCAUGAAACAACCAAACAAUGUAGGAUUAAUAAUGAAAAUUUAUUUGUUAUAAAAUACAAGAAUUUUACAAAAUA